AUGGCUGUUCCUCGAUUUUUACAAGAUCCAAUAGGAAUAGCUCCAGAGUUCGUUACAUCUACUAUCGUGACAAGUCACGAGCUUGUGCAAAACAGUUUGAAAACUUCGAUAUCUACGAGUACGAGGAGUAAUUGGCUCGCCUUACCAGCCAUAACAACCACGAAAACUUCUACCUUAGCACCUAUUCAGACACUCAUAACCUCUCUAUUGUUCAGAGAACCGUCGAACAUUCAAAUAGCCGUCGCAAACCCAACACAUACAAGCGUUCAAAGCGAACCAUCUACGAAUGUGCAUUCAAAUUUUCCACAGUUCGGACGACUUGCAGUUACUCCAUAUCAGCUUAUGUAUAUAAUAGCAGUAUGCGUGUGCUUUAUGAUUCUAAUGAGUUUCUGCUGUUGCACGGAUGACAUUGGGCGCUAUAUAAAAUCCAACCGUCGCACCAAUCCUGGCGCAACGAUGCAAGCAGCUCCUGUGUGGCCAGGAGCUCUGCGAAUUGGGGAUGGAGCUGACGAUCGAAGUAGGAGCAACAGAAUUUCCCGAAGUCAUUCUGUUGUCAGCGAUUCUGCUGUUAGACCUCUUAUGCCUAAAGCUGCAGAAAGGAUCGAUUCACCUGGUACUUCUACCAUACCUAUGAAUACUCCUACUAAAAUAACCAUCAAAAAAUGUGAAGAAGGUCAUGGAUCUAUCAUUAUUGAUGAGAUUGAACUGCGGGAUCUUUUCUCCGCACCCUCGUGCUAUCAAUCUUCAAAUAACGAUUAUGAUUCCACUCAGAAAUUUCUUAACGAUAACCCUAAGGCUGAUGCUCGCAGUCGACGAAAAGUCAGCUUGCGUGGUGGCUCUGGUGCAGAAGACAACCUAUUGCGUACCGGAGCCAUCACUAGUUUCAAGCAAACCGAGGAGAGAUGGAAACCAACGUGGUCUGCCACAAAAUCUCUAUUCAGUUCUCGACGCAGAGGAUCAGAACCUAUUCCAGCACAGAAUACUUCACGUUCCGUACCAACUAGGUCUAAAACUUCUGGUAACAACCACUCUUCAUCACCACAAAAUAGCGAUCAGUUUUUUCAAAAGUCAUCCACAAAUACAUCUAAACGUGCAUCAAGACAAGAAGAUACUUCCGGUACGAUUUUCUCCUUCCCUAUGAGUGAAGGAAGCGAUUCGGAGAUUCCACGCUUUCCCACCCUCAACCGAAUAAAACGAAAACUCAGACCAAUUAUCCAUUCUGUGUCAAAACAAUCCUUGAGAGAAAGGUUUUCAUCGGAUCACAGUGCAGAGCACAGCGCCGAAGAGGAAAACUCAGAGGAUAUCCAAUAUAGCAGCACAGUUCGGAAGGCACUUCGAAGAGCUCGUAGCUCAGCUUCAAUUCCAUUUGGACUUUUUAAACUACCUGAGCCGGCAAGGAACGAUCCGGAACCUUCUCUCGCCGGACCUGUUUCUAUCAUUUCUAGCCCUAACGAUGUCCGUUCUGUGGAUUCUGAUACCGUCUCUGAAGAUACCCUGAGAGCUAGGUCUCCAGUUAGUAUAUUGCUUGGAGUCAGAACUGAUAGAAGGUCUGGUUCUUGGCAUCGAAGCAGGAGUCUGCAAAAGAUGGUCAAGUCUAGUGUGGCGGAUGAUAUUGAUGUGGCUUCCCCACUGACUUUUUCAGAUGCUCGCAAUCUUGAGGGGGGGUGUGAAUCUGGAUCUGGCAUUGAAGUUAGGGGCCCGAAUAAAGCUGAUGUGGCUAUGGAGAAUCUCGAAGGUUUAGCUACUAAGAGUGAUUCUGCUUCUGUGUUGACGCGUUCAAACUCUGGAGUAGAGGGGCAGGGACUCGAACCUUCUAAAGAGAACUCUGAAAACGGAGAAGAGAAGAAGGAUCAUGAUGAGAUUGAGGAUCAAAAUGCGGGCCAGGUCUUCAAACCAGAAACUGUUGAAAAACUAGGCUCGAUUUACGUUGCAUGUAGAUCGAUUAAUGGCAGUCAAGGUGAGGACAAUGAUGAUGCCGUUGAGACCGAACAAGAAAGUUCCGACGAAUCAUUCUCAUGUCCAGAUCCUACUUCUAUCGGUAAUGCAAAUAGAAUUCGUAAGCACGGUCAAACGGCAAUGGCUAAUCAUUUCCAUGCGAGAGCGAGAAGAGUUGGAACGGAUAGUACGGAUGGUUCAGGGAGUUUGAUUCCUAGGAAUAGGGAGAAAUUGAGGGGCAGAUUGGGUUUAUUGAUGAUAAGAGGGGUUGUAGGGGGCGAGGAUGGGGGAGUAGGUGCUAGGCGGGGUGGAAAGGUCGAGUUGGUUCCGAUGAAUUUUGGAGGGGAUUACUAG